UGACGUUUUCCCCGUUUUCCCUGUUUUCCGCUUCGCUAACGAAAGGAAUCCAGAACGCGAAAAGCGAAUUCCGAAAUGAUCCAGAACCUCCGGUUCGGUGGGCUUGCCGGCGCCGACUUCUUCCCUUCCCAUUUAUAAAGGAAUACGAGUGAUCGGCCCACUGCGAUUGCGAAGCUCAGCAUCGAAUCGAUCCGACUGUGUUCUUGACUUGAGAACUCGUCUAACUAACGAAGCAAUGUUCUUCUUCUUCGUCGGAGGGGUGGAGCAGCAGGUGAGGCAGGUGCUGAAGUACGGCGCCGGCAGGUGCAUCACGUGCGGCUCCAAGGCCGAUCUCGUCGAGUACGAGAAGGUGCUCAAGGCCUUCUUCGUCCCCGUGUGGCGGUGGCCCGGCAAGGAGCAGCUCCUCCACUGCAACGACUGCAACCUCUUCUUCCCUCCUCAGCUGUCGGCCGACAGGACGACGACGGCAGUGGCAGAUCAGCCUGAUGUCCUGCGGUGUCGGUUCUGCAAGGAAGCCGUGGAGCCCGAGUUCAGAUUCUGCCCCUUCUGCGGUUCUUCUCUGAGCUAAAUCAAUCAAGUUGUCCUCAUACAGUCAUAGUUUUCUGGGUUUGUCUGCUGAAGUCUGCAACUUUAGCGGUCUGUUUCGGUUCAGUUUUGUACAAAAGGGUCUGAUGAAUUUCUGAGUAUGUUAAGAAGGUUUGCACACUGUAAUGCCAGCAGGAAAUGAACGUGAUCGAUUGAUUUUCUGAAGAGCGAAGGGAAAAAAAAAUGCAAUUUUGACAUGUUUA